UAUGGACAUCGAAAAUUAUGAUGAUUGGGAUCCUGAUCCUCAUAAAUAAGAUAGCAUUCUCCACUUUUCAAAUAUUAAUUUUUCUGGUAUUGUAUAAUAUUAUGUCUUAGAUAAUGUGAUUAAGAAAAAUAAAAAAAAGUUAGAGAAUCAAGUUUAUGAUUCAUAACAUGUUAUUGAUUAUGCAUAAUAAAAUUGGAUUGAUGAUGAUGAAGAUGAAGAAAUGAAAAAUAAUACAUAAAUAGAAUUUGAUUUUGAAUAAACUAAAAAAUAAUUAAUGAUGGAACAAGUAUUUUAUAAUCCAUUAGAGGAUUUAUUAAAUGAAAAAUAUGUUUAAUCGAAAUAUGAAACUCAUCUAAAAAAUAGCGAAAAUAAUACUGUGAUUAGUUGUUCAAAUUGUUUUAUUUAAAUUAGUUAUCAUUGUCAAUAACAUGAAAUUUAUAAAAAAUAAUAUAGAGCAAUGGUAACAAUUAAUACAAAAAUCAUAGAAAAUAAAUUUGUCAAACCAUUAGAAAAUGAAAAAGUGAAAAAUGAUGAUAUAUUGUUAUCAGUCUAAUGUAAAAUGUGUCAAGAAGAAAUUGGAGUAUACGAUGUUAAAGCCAAAAUAUAUCACUUCUUUAAUGUAAUUUAAGGUUUAGGUUGA